AUGGCGACCUUCCUCGAGAAUGCGUACAGUUUGGUCCACCAGGACAAUGCUGCCGACGUGCCUUCGCAGCAGGACCUUAAGAACCAGCUCGAGCGUGGAACCGACGAAAGCAAGUGUGAUACCAUGAAGCGCAUUCUCACAAUAAUGUUGAAUGGAGACUCGCUACCUGGGCUGCUUAUGCACAUUAUCCGUUUCGUUAUGCCCUCCAAGUACAAGCCGCUCAAGAAGCUCUUAUAUUUCUACUACGAAAUCUGCCCCAAGUUGGACGCCCAAGGCAAGCUGAAACAAGAGAUGAUCUUGGUGUGUAAUGGCAUUCGUAACGAUCUUCAACACCCCAACGAGUAUAUCCGUGGAAACACCCUGCGGUUCCUGUGCAAGCUUCGCGAACCCGAACUGAUCGAGCCUCUCCUCUCCUCUGCGCGGUCUUGCCUCGAGCACCGUCACGCAUACGUCCGAAAGAACGCCGUGUUCGCCAUCUCAUCGAUCUAUAUUCACUCGCCCUCGCUCAUCCCCGAUGCUUCUGAGUUGAUCGCCGCUUUCCUGGAGGGGGAGAGUGACGCCACCUGCAAGCGCAAUGCCUUUUCUGCUCUUGCUAGCAUAGAUCACGACAAGGCUCUUGCAUACUUGAGCCAGGUCUUUGAGGGCAUCGCCAACUCGGAAGAACUCUUGCAGCUCGUGGAACUUGAGUUCAUUCGCAAGGAUGCUGUUCAGAACUCGCAGAACAAGGCCCGAUAUCUGCGCCUUAUCUUCGAUCUACUCGAAGCCAACACUUCAACUGUGGUAUACGAAGCCGCCUCUUCCCUGACCGCGCUUACUUCAAACCCCGUAGCUGUCAAGGCGGCGGCCGCCAAGUUCAUCGAGCUCAGCAUCAAGGAAGCAGAUAACAAUGUCAAGCUUAUCGUGCUCGACCGCGUUGAUCAGCUGCGCCAGAAGAACGAGGGUGUGCUGGAUGAUCUGACCAUGGAAAUACUCCGCGUUCUCUCCAGUCCCGACAUUGAUGUGCGCAGAAAGGCUCUUGGCCUUGCUUUGGAUAUGGUCUCAAGCAAGAAUGUCGAGGAAGUUGUUUUGUUGCUGAAGAAGGAAUUGUCCAAGACCGUCGACGAGUCCUACGAGAAGAAUGCCGAAUACCGCCAAUUGCUCAUCCAUUCCAUCCAUCAGUGUGCGAUCAAGUUCUCCGAGGUGGCACCGUCGGCUGUGGAGCUCCUGAUGGACUUCAUUGCAGACUUUAGCAACACGACAGCUGUUGAUGUCAUCAACUUUGUCAAGGAGGUGGUUGAGAAGUUCCCCAAACUGCGCCAGACCAUUAUUGAGCGGCUGGUCGCCACUCUCGGCGAAGUGCGCGCUGGCAAGGUCUACCGUGGCAUCGUCUGGAUCAUUGGUGAAUACUCACUAGAGGAAAACGACAUCAGAAACGCCUGGAGGGGCAUCCGGGCCAGUCUUGGCGAGAUUCCUAUUCUUGCUUCGGAACAACGGCUUCUCGACGCUGGCGAUGAGGAGAAAGCAGAGGAACAGGUCAACGGCCAUUCUAAGCCUGCGCAGCCUUCUGGCUCGCGACGGGUCCUGGCUGAUGGUACAUAUGCUACAGAGACGGCUCUUACUAGCUCAGCCGCAGCUGCGGCCAAGCUUGAGGCUGUCAAGGCUGCACAGAAGCCUCCACUGCGUCAACUUAUCCUUGAUGGAGACUACUAUCUGGCUACUGUCCUCUCGGCUACUCUUACCAAACUGGUCAUGAGACACUCCGAGCUUUCUCAAGACACUGCUCGAUCCAACGCAUUGAAGGCGGAAGCAAUGCUGAUUUGCAUUUCCAUCAUUCGUGUUGGUCAGUCGCAGUUUGUCAAGGCUCCUAUUGACGAGGAUUCAGUCGAUCGAAUCAUGUCUUGUGUUAGAUCUCUAGCUGAAUUCUCUCAGAAGAAGGAGUUAGAAACUGUCUAUCUAGAAGACACACGGAAAGCCUUCCGUGCCAUGGUCCAGGUUGAGGAGAAGAAGCGAGCCGCCAAAGAGGCGUACGAAAAGGCCAAGGCCGCUAUCCAGGUCGACGAUGCUGUCCAAAUUCGUCAGCUCUCCAAGAAGAACGCCGGCGACGGUGCCAUGGAGAUUGAAUUGGAUCUGGAGAAGGCUACUGGAGGUGAUGCCCCAGCUGAAGAUCUCUCGUCCAAGCUCAGUCGCGUUGUGCAACUCACUGGCUUCUCUGAUCCAGUCUACGCCGAGGCCUAUGUCAAGGUCCACCAGUUCGAUAUCGUUCUUGAUGUCUUAUUAGUAAACCAGACCACCGAGACUUUGCAAAAUCUGUCAGUAGAAUUCGCCACUCUCGGUGACCUCAAGGUGGUGGAGCGACCCACGACACAGAACCUCGGGCCUCACGACUUCCACAAUGUGCAGUGCACAAUCAAGGUGUCAUCGACAGAUACCGGAGUAAUCUUUGGCAAUGUCGUAUACGACGGCGCCCACAGCACAGAUACAAACGUUGUCAUCUUGAAUGACUUGCACGUUGACAUUAUGGAUUACAUUCAGCCAGCUACUUGUACAGAGACGCAGUUCCGAACCAUGUGGACCGAGUUUGAAUGGGAGAACAAGGUCAACAUCAACUCAAAGGCCAAGUCUCUGCGCGAGUUCCUGGAUGAGCUGAUGAAGUGCACCAACAUGAACUGUUUGACUCCCGAGGCUAGUCUCAAGGGCGACUGUCAAUUCCUCAGCGCGAACCUCUAUGCCCGGAGUGUAUUUGGCGAGGAUGCUUUGGCCAACCUGAGUAUUGAGAAGGAGGGCGAGGACGGGCCUAUUACUGGUUUCGUCCGGAUAAGAAGCAGAUCGCAAGGACUGGCCUUGAGUUUGGGUAGCCUCAAGGGGCUUAACAAGAUUGGCUCCUCUUAA